AUGGACAUUCCUAACAUUAGAGACAAUCCUUCGGCACUAGGGGAACAGUGGUGUGGUUUGUUUGAGGAGGGGGUAGAUUUCGAAGCCUCCCACUUCGAGCAGGCCAUGACUAAUCUGAUCAGGCACCCAAACAUCAAUUCUACGGUCCUUCUGCGAGCAGAUAUACUGUCAGAGGUUUCUUACCCGUUGAAUGAGUCAGAAAAGACUGAGAUCUCGAGUACUGGAUCUUUGGACGCCAAAUCAAAACCGUUGGUGGACGAUGCGGUGGAGACUGACGACUCCUCGCGACUGGAGUUGAAUCUGCAAGAUACAGCACUGAAAAGUGUUCCUCUAGAGAUUGAUUUGGCACCAAAGAUUGAAAUUGUGAGGCAAAUUAUUCCGAGAAAUCCUAACAAAGACCCUAUAAUCAACCAAACAUGUUUGGUGCUAGGGAGCGCAGACGGGAACACGAGUCUUGUGAUCUACAUCCCACAUAUUGAUAAUCCCCAUGAGAUUCCUUUCUAUUUGCCCCAGGUGAAAGCGAUAGGAAUUUUGUUUGAUAAUUCAAAGUUGUCUAUCCAUUAUAUGCCAUUUGCGGAGGACUCAGUUAAGCAUUUCCAGGAAUUGGAUCCCAAGGACAGGAUGAUCCGCAUUGCCUUCAGGCUUUUGGGAACCGCGCGCAAACACUCCUCGGGAGUGAAACAGGGAUACCAGAAAAGAGUGAAUCAUGAUCUGGUGGUGUCCAAGGUGGCAUUCCAAGACCGAUAUAUCAAGCUGAAACAGAAAUAUUCUCGGAAACUCGUGGAUAAUUGGAGCGAGAAGACCGAUCCUCGCAAACACGUCUUUGAGGACAUUGCCAUUGCCGCUUUUCUCAUGGAGUUUUGGGAUGUCAUUUAUUCUGGAAAGGAAUCUUUUGAGUUUCGGGAUCUCGGUUGUGGUAACGGUCUGUUAGUUUAUUUGCUCACAAUGGAAGGCUACAACGGGCUCGGCAUAGACGCAAGACGCAGGAAGUCCUGGAAGACCUAUCCUCCGGAGGUGCGCGAUAAGCUCAAGGAACAGGUGGUGAUCCCCUCGAUACUUCUGAGACCUCACCCUGCUUUGAAGAGUAUGGCUCCUCAUGUCAACGAUAAUGGGCGGUUGUUCCAGGUUCCUGUUUCCAUUGCUCCAAGUGGUAACUCGCGUGAGAAACAGCUCUUUAACGAAAAUGUGCCUCUAUUGGCCUGCUACUCCAGUUCAAGCCUUUUGCAGUCACCCCAGGUGAAUACUGCGGAGUUCCCAACGGAUACCUUCAUUAUUGGCAACCACUCAGACGAACUGACUUGCUGGAUUCCUCUUCUUGGGUAUCCAUUCAUGGUCAUCCCUUGUUGCUCCCACAGUCUCAGCGGAGCCCGUGUGAGAUAUCCACCAGGGAGACGGGUCAAAUCCCGAGAAGAAGACAACAAGGUCCAGCCAGUUUCGUACUCAUCCAGCUCCACGUAUGCUGCUCUGGUGGACCAUGUGGAAGACAUUGCCACGUCUGUAGGAUGGAGAGUCGAGAAGGAGAUGUUGAGAAUUCCCAGUACCAGAAAUGCGGCCAUUCUUGGGUAUCAAGUCCUCAAAGACAAAACAAAUGUGAGGUCAGUGUAUGAUGUGCUCGUUAUGGAAGGAGGGGCAGAAGGAUGGGUUGAGAACACUAUGGGACUGAUGACGAGGCCUCCAAGGCAGCAUUGA